AUGGAAAUCUUCGACAAAUACGAAGACUUCUUCCCCUCGCGAGUGAUGUCGACGUCAAGAGUGGACGCGAAUGAGACUCAGAGGAAGUCCAGCGAUAAUGUCUCCCAAAAGCCAUGGAUUGACACCAAAAAGAGCAGUCAAUCGCCGGUUAAGAUGAAGAUCAGGACAUUGGGUCCAGUCGUGAGGGAGAAGAGUAAACGCAGACAAUUGGAUGGUUUCACGUGUAAAGAAUGCGAAGACUAUUACAAAACCCGUAAUUUGAGUGAUAAGGGUCUGAAGGAUCGGCUGAAGGCCUGUUCCCGACAUCGCGCCCAACACUCGCCGCCUAAAUCUCCCGAUCACUUCUGGGACACAGACUUCCCGACCACUCCUGAGUGUAUCCGUCGCGGGAUAUUCAAUGUGGCCGUCAAUGACUCCAAAAGUGGUACAAAUGCUGAUCGCAAGCCGAAGAGGAAACUAUCGGAUGAUUUUUGCGAAGUGAUUGAUGUCAUCGGCGGUAACGAUAAGAAACCAGUGGACAAGCGAUGAGCGCUUUCCAUAGAAAACCAGUCAUUCAUUAAAUGCCAUUUAAGUGUUCAUUAAUUUUCAAUUUUCUUUUUAUAAUUAGUUUUAUAUUUAAUUUUAUUUUUCAAUGGAUUUGUAUUUUUAUACAAUUGAUUGC